AUGCACUUGCAGCCAUUUUCUGCUCUUUGUGUGGGGUGGAUUAGCACUGGGGUAGGCACUGGGCGAAACUAGAGCAUCAAUCGGCACAGAAGACGAAGAGAAAAAAAACAGCCAGGACACGUUGGAUCGCCGUCGCAGACCGCGACACCGUCCGCCCGACUCAGAUAGCCGCCGGACGGACAUGCAAUUUACAGAUUGGGGUGUUGUUUGAGUGACUCCUUGUUACCAUGACGACCCACGUGACCCUGGAGGACGCUCUGUCCAAUGUGGACCUGCUGGAGGAGCUGCCCCUCCCCGACCAGCAGCCAUGCAUCGAGCCCCCUCCCUCCUCCAUCAUGUACCAGGCUAAUUUUGACACCAACUUUGAAGACAGGAACGCAUUUGUGACCGGCAUCGCCCGCUACAUAGAGCAAGCCACAGUCCACUCCAGCAUGAACGAGAUGCUGGAGGAAGGGCAUGAGUACGCCGUGAUGCUUUACACCUGGAGAAGCUGCUCCAGAGCCAUUCCCCAGGUGAAAUGCAACGAGCAGCCCAACAGGGUGGAGAUCUACGAGAAGACGGUGGAGGUGUUGGAACCUGAAGUGACCAAGCUCAUGAAGUUCAUGUACUUCCAGAGGAAAGCUAUAGAACGCUUCUGUAGCGAAGUGAAGCGUCUCUGUCACGCCGAGAGAAGGAAGGACUUCGUGUCAGAGGCCUAUCUGCUCACCCUGGGCAAAUUCAUCAACAUGUUUGCAGUGCUGGACGAACUGAAGAACAUGAAGUGUAGCGUCAAGAACGACCACUCUGCCUACAAACGGGCAGCUCAGUUCUUGAGGAAGAUGGCCGACCCUCAGUCCAUCCAGGAGUCGCAGAACCUCUCCAUGUUUUUAGCCAACCACAACAGGAUCACGCAGUGCCUGCAUCAACAGUUGGAGGUGAUUCCUGGCUACGAGGAACUUUUGGCCGACAUUGUCAACAUCUGCGUAGACUAUUACGAGAACAAAAUGUAUUUGACUCCCAGCGAGAAACACAUGCUGCUUAAGGUGAUGGGCUUUGGUCUGUAUCUGAUGGACGGGAAUGUGAGCAAUAUCUACAAACUAGAUGCCAAGAAGAGGAUCAACCUGAGCAAGAUCGACAAGUUCUUCAAGCUUCAAGUGGUGCCGCUGUUUGGAGACAUGCAAAUAGAGCUGUCACGCUACAUUGAGACAAGUGCUCACUACGAAGAAAACAAGUCCAAGUGGACGUGCACCCAGAGCAGCAUCUCACCGCAGUACAACCUGUGCGAGCAGAUGGUGCAGAUCAGGGAGGACCACAUUCGUUUCAUCUCGGAGCUGGCGCGCUACAGCAAUAGCGAAGUGGUUACGGGCUCCGGCCUGGACAGCCAGAAGUCGGACGAGGAGUACAGAGAGCUGUUCGACCUGGCGCUGAGGGGCCUGCAGCUGCUGUCCAAGUGGAGCACGCACGUCAUGGAAGUUUAUUCGUGGAAGUUGGUACAUCCCACGGAUAAAUUCUGCAACAAGGACUGUCCAGGCACAGCGGAGGAGUAUGAACGGGCCACACGUUACAAUUACACCAGUGAGGAGAAGUUUGCCCUCGUGGAGGUGAUAGCCAUGAUCAAAGGGCUGCAGGUUCUGAUGGGCCGCAUGGAGUCCGUGUUUAACCAGGCCAUCAGGAAUACCAUCUAUGCAGCCCUACAGGAUUUUGCGCAGAUGACCCUGAGGGAGCCUCUGCGCCAGGCUGUACGCAAGAAGAAGAACGUCCUGAUAAGUGUCCUCCAGGCCAUUCGAAAGACUGUGUGUGACUGGGAAGGGGCGAGGGAACCUCCGAACGACCCCUGUCUGAGGGGGGAGAAGGACCCGAAAGGUGGCUUUGACAUCAAGGUGCCUCGUAGAGCUGUGGGGCCCUCCAGCACUCAGCUAUACAUGGUGCGCACCAUGCUGGAGUCACUCAUAGCUGAUAAGAGUGGGUCUAAGAAGACUCUCCGCAGCAGUUUGGAUGGACCCAUAGUCGUGGCCAUAGAGGACUUCCACAAGCACUCCUUCUUCUUCACACAUUUGCUCAACUUCAGCGAGGCCCUGCAGCAGUGCUGUGACCUGUCCCAGCUGUGGUUCAGAGAGUUCUUCCUGGAGCUGACCAUGGGCCGCAGAAUCCAGUUCCCCAUCGAGAUGUCCAUGCCCUGGAUCCUCACCGACCACAUCCUGGAGACCAAGGAGCCUUCCAUGAUGGAAUAUGUGCUGUAUCCUCUAGACUUAUAUAAUGACAGUGGCUACUAUGCUCUCACCAAAUUCAAGAAACAGUUCCUUUACGAUGAAAUCGAGGCUGAGGUAAACCUCUGCUUUGAUCAGUUUGUCUACAAGUUAGCAGAUCAGAUAUUUGCCUACUACAAAGCAAUGGCUGGAAGUGUCCUCCUAGACAAACGCUUCAGAGCAGAGUGUAAAAACUAUGGCGUAAUCAUCCCGUACCCUCCGUCAAACCGCUACGAGACGUUGCUCAAACAGAGACACGUACAGCUGCUGGGUCGCUCGAUUGACCUGAACCGCCUGAUCACCCAGAGGAUCUCUGCCGCGAUGUACAAGUCCCUGGACCACGCCAUCAGCCGCUUUGAGAGCGAGGACCUCACCUCCAUAGUGGAGCUGGAGUGGCUGCUGGAGAUCAACAGGCUAACCCACCGGCUCCUGUCCAAGCACAUGACCCUGGACAGCUUUGACGCCAUGUUCCGCGAGGCCAACCACAACGUCUCCGCGCCCUACGGACGAAUCACGCUCCAUGUCUUCUGGGAGCUGAACUUCGAUUUCCUCCCUAACUACUGCUACAACGGAUCCACAAACCGCUUUGUACGCACAGCUAUUCCCUUCACCCAGGAGCCUCAAAGAGACAAGCCAGCCAAUGUGCAGCCUUACUACCUGUAUGGGUCCAAGCCUCUGAACAUUGCCUACUCCCACAUAUACAGCUCCUACAGAAACUUUGUUGGCCCGCCUCACUUCAAGACCAUCUGCCGCCUCCUUGGUUACCAAGGCAUUGCUGUGGUGAUGGAGGAGCUGCUUAAGAUUGUCAAGAGCCUGUUGCAGGGCACAAUACUGCAGUACGUAAAAACACUGAUAGAAGUCAUGCCCAAGAUCUGCCGCCUACCGCGCCACGAGUACGGCUCCCCAGGUAUCCUGGAGUUCUUCCACCACCAGCUCAAGGAUAUUAUUGAGUAUGCCGAGCUGAAGACAGAUGUCUUCCAAAGCUUGAGGGAGGUGGGAAACGCCAUUCUCUUCUGCCUGCUCAUCGAGCAAGCUCUGUCCCAGGAGGAAGUGUGUGACCUGCUUCACGCCGCCCCCUUCCAGAACAUUCUGCCCAGAGUCUACAUCAAAGAGGGAGAGCGUCUAGAGGUGAGGAUGAAGAGGCUGGAGGCGAAGUACGCCCCUCUACACCUUGUGCCUCUAAUCGAGAGGUUGGGAACUCCACAACAAAUCGCCAUAGCCAGGGAGGGAGACCUGCUGACCAAAGAGCGCCUGUGCUGCGGCCUGUCCAUGUUCGAGGUCAUCCUGACGCGCAUCCGCAGCUUCCUGCAGGACGGGGUCUGGCGCGGACCUCCGCCCACCAACGGUGUGAUGCACGUCGACGAGUGCAUGGAGUUCCACCGCCUGUGGAGCGCCAUGCAGUUCGUCUACUGCAUCCCCGUGGGCACACACGAGUUCACAGCAGAGCAGUGCUUUGGCGACGGGCUGAACUGGGCCGGCUGUGCCAUCAUCGUCCUGUUAGGACAGCAGCGUCGCUUUGACCUCUUUGACUUCUGCUACCAUCUGCUCAAAGUCCAAAGGCAGGAUGGCAAGGAUGAGAUCAUCAAAAAUGUGCCCCUGAAGAAGAUGGCGGACCGCAUCAGGAAGUACCAGAUCCUCAACAACGAGAUCUUUGCCAUCCUCAACAAGUACAUGAAGGCAGUGGAGACGGACAGUUCCACUGUGGAGCAUGUUCGCUGUUUCCAGCCUCCUAUACACCAAUCUCUGGCUACCACCUGUUGAAAAAUAAACCCUUGACAUAUAGGAGACACACACACACACACACACAAACACACACACACAUUCCCCUUAGCUGUGAUGCUAAUUUCUGCCUCUUGCUGGUCUUUGAGAGGUGUCGGUUAACGCGAUGGCUCCACACUUGUUGUCAGAAUCCAAAGACAAAUCCUCUCAAACUAUUCUUCUUCUAUUUAAAAUUAAACAAAAAAGGCACCUGUCUUUGGAUUCUUCAAAGAAGUGGACCAGACCAGAGGUGGAGGUGUAUAAUCGCACCUUUUCUUUUUAUUCGUGUGGCUCUCUCUCUCUCUCAGACUCAUGCAUGCCUUCUGUUUCUCCUUCAGCUGCACACCUGUGCAUUUGGACCACCGAUGCAAACGCCAAAAGAGAAUCUCUGUUUACGUGGCAGCACAUAGCGGAAAUUCCUUCGGAGUCGUACAUUCGAAUUUUAGAAUUCACAAUCAAGAGCUGAGACAAAAAAAAACAAACAAAAAAAAAAAACGACAACUAUCUGAUAAGAUUUAAAUACUCGGAUUGUGCAGCAAAUAGUUUUUCUAAGUUAAAUAAAGAGAUUUUAAGUUCAACAUGGUGCUCUUAAAUGCUCCUACAGCUACUAACAGUACUAGCACAGGCGCUAGCAGGCCUGUGCUAUCGCUAUGUGUGCCCUCUACUAAGACCCAAACCUGUUAUCAUUUCAGUCCCAUUUGUACAAUAAUCUGGUCGGCCCAUGUCCCUUAGACAUGGUUUCUCCAUCUACGUCUUCUACCCUUCAGCUUGCUUUCAGAGGAAUGGAGGUACAUUUAGUUGUUUUUUUUAUUUGCUUUUAUUUAACUUGCCUCCUAACACCUUUUUUUUUUAUUAUUUUGGUACCAGUUCCACUGUAAAUUUCACUGUUGGGGAAAAAAAGUGAAGUGUUGAGUGUUGUAAUUGUUCUUGUUUUUAAUUAUAAAUAUUUUAAUUUACACACCCGCGGUAUACUCGCCUUUGCGCUAUUGACUGGAAACCUCAUCGACUGUUUUUCUUGUUCCCCCCUCACCUUUGUCUGUUGGAAAGAUUUUUAUAUUCUGUACAUGAAUACAGUGAUAUUAUUUACAAUUUGGAAGAGACGCAUCUUCGUCUGAGUAAAUGUGUUUGCUUUUUUCGAGAGUUAAAAAAAACAUUAGAAAAUACCUCUAGGUUGUAUAAAGACAGUGCUGUACUAGAUUAACCUCUUUUGAGUGUGAAUGGAUGAUGUUGGUCUAGCAGACUUAUGAAAUACUCUCUGCGUACAGUAAAUGGAAGGAAAUCAUAACUAAAAUGUCACUUAUAAUUAAAGGGCAGUUAUUAGUCAGUAUUUACUAUUGUUGGACUUUUUGCUUUAGAUUUAGCAGUGUUAUCACAAUAUGCAAAAAAAAAAGAAGAAUUUGUCCCUAUUUUUUUCAUAUGAAAGAAAACAAAUCAGUUAUUAAGAAUCUCCCAAACAGCCCUGUGAUCUUUUCUGCUCUGUUUUGAAUGAAGAAAGUUUCUUUUGUAACUCCGGUGUCUUUUUAUCAUAUUUAUUCAACUCCAAGUUAUUGUUCAUUUCAAGGUUAAUCUAGUAAAAACUGAAGGUACCAAUGUAUCAUUUCCAAACCUUAGCAUGGCAAAUGUAAUUUAUUGUCAUCAAUGGCUCCAUUUGUGACAUGAGGCUUUGUUUAUGAUAUUGUUGUACAAGUGACCAUGUUUUGAAGUACAAAAAAAGAAGAAAAAAAGUGGAGAAAAGAAUAUAAAAUGUACAACGAUGGUCCUGCAAAGGAUUUGAAAUUAUGUUGUAUUUCCAUGAAAUAAAAAAUGUUUAACUGAA